AUGGAGUGUAAUGCAAGUAUUGCAGGGUUUGCUGGUGAAAUGCUUAGCACUGGCUUUAACGUUGUUGGGUUCAAUUGGAUUUCAUCACCAGCUGCAACAGAGCUAGAGAGCAUAGUGAUGGAUUGGCUUGGAAAAUUGCUAAUCCUUCCCACUUCAUUUCUUUUCUCUGCAGGUGGUGGUGGUGUCCUACAAGGAACUACUUGUGAGGCCAUGUUGUGCACACUAACUGCGGCCAGGGACCAAAUGUUAAACAAAAUUGGGAGAGAAAACAUGGGGAAGCUUGUUGUUUAUGGGUCUGAUCAAACCCAUUUUUCACUCCAAAAAGCUGCUAAAAUUGCAGGCAUUAACCCCUCGAAUUUUCGAUCUCUCUUGACCAUAAAGUCUGCUGCAUUUGGGUUGUCUCCUGAUUCACUAAGGUCAGCAAUUCAAUCAAAUAUUAAAUCUGGGCUAAUUCCAUUGUUUUACUGUGCCACUAUAGGGGCUACUUCAUCAAAUGCAGUUGAUCCAUUGGGGCCAUUAUGUGAUGUAGCAAAAGACUAUAAUAUAUGGGUUCAUAUUGAUGCUGCAUAUGCAGGAAGUGCAUUUAUUUGCCUAGAGUUCCACUAUUUUCUUCAUGGCAUUGAUGGUGCUAACUCAUUUAGCCUCAAUGCACAUAAAUGGUUCUUGACCACUUUGGAUUGUUGCUACCUCUGGGUAAAAAGACCCAAGUGCCCUAAUCAAAUCACUCUCAACAGAUCCUGA